GCACCUGAGGCGGGACGAAUUUCGCGGGUGCACUGGGUGAACUCUCACCUCCACAAAUUGCUUCAUUGUUUUGAUUCAGAUAACGUCGCUAGCUAGCUAGCUCYAUAUUGCACAUUUAUGUGAUUAGAUACCAACCGACUGAUUCUGUAGCACGCCUAGCUAUUCGCCAUAGGAACUCGAUGCAGCUGUAGUUGAGUGAUGCCUAUGUAAACGGAACAGUYGUUUAGAUCGAAAGACAGUAGCCAGCUGGCUAACCUGAAGUUAGCAGCAACAACAUGAACGCUAUUUCAACGGAUCUGAUCAGUCACUUGGACACUUGUCGUCACCGGUCAAUUACUGAGUUUGCCACGAAAAAUCGUCUGUCUUUCACUAGCUGGCUAGAGACAUAUUAAUACUUGCUAACAAUUUGUUGACAUUUUGUAAAGUUGAUUUAUUGCACCUGAAAGCGUCUCUACCUUCCAAUGGGCGAGGAAAAGCCAGAGACGUUGGACUUUGUCAAAGACUUCCAAGAGUAUCUCAGCCAGCAGACUCAACAUGUGAACAUGAUCUCGGGCUCCGUCAGUGGAGUCAAAGAGAUGGACGACUUACCAGCAGACUGCAGUCAGAAUGGAUUAGACCACCCCUCAGCGGAUAUGUCCCUUGAUGACGGCUCAGGGAUGCUGGUGGAUGGCUUCGAGAGAACAUAUGAUGGCAAACUCAAGUGCCGUUACUGUAACUAUGCUACCAGAGGCACAGCACGACUCAUUGAACAUAUCCGCAUUCACACAGGAGARAAACCCCACAGAUGCCACCUGUGUCCUUUUGCCUCUGCKUAUGAGCGCCACCUAGAGGCCCACAUGCGCUCCCACACAGGAGAAAAGCCUUACAAGUGUGAGCUGUGCUCCUUCCGCUGCAGCGACCGCAGCAACCUUUCACACCACCGCCGCCGCCGCCACAAGCUCUUACCCAUGAAAGGUGCUCGCUCUUCUCUCUCCCACAAGAAGAUGCUGAGCGUCCUGCAGAAGAAGAGCAGCCUGGGCUAUGGUCGCCGGCUCCUCAUCAACUUCAGCCCCCCCUCCAUGGUGAUGCACAAGGCUGAGCACCUGGACGACUACUCCCACGAACUGCCCCACCUGCGCCAGGAGACCUACGACGACCAGGGUGCUGGUGGAGAUGGAAGCUCCAGGGACAAUCACCACCAUCAUCACCACAACCUGGUCAUGGAAAACCCCCUCAACCAGCUCUCCACCCUGGCCGGUCAACUGGCCAACCUGCCCUCUGAAGCUGAGGACCAGACCCAACAGCCUCCCGUAUCUCCAGGUGCAGAGUCCUGUGUGGACGAGAAGCCCUUCGUCAUCCAGCAGCCUCUCCCAGCCACYGCUUCUGCUGCUGUGUCAGCCAGUACUGCCCAUGCUGCCUCCUCCUCCCCCAUCACCCCAGAGCCCAGGCCCCCACCACAYAGCAACUGCAGCCCCGGGGCAGGUCCCUGCAGCGAGCACAGCGGGCGCACCAGUACCCCCAGCAUCACCAACAGCCAGCCCAGCACACCAGUCCCAGGCCUUCCCUCGCUGCAUCAAGACCCCCAGAUGCUGCACCACUGCCAGCACUGUGACAUCUACUUCCCUGACAACAUCCUGUACACCAUCCACAUGGGCUGCCACGGCUAUGAGAACCCCUUCCAGUGCAACAUCUGUGGCCACAAGUGCAGGAGCAAGUACGACUUUGCCUGUCAUUUUGCCAGGGGGCAGCAUAAGCAGUGACUUGUCGCCGGGUCAGUGACAAAGGACUGGAGAUGAUUGAAGGUGUUUUUAUUUAAUUCCAUAAUGGUGAUUUUUAUUUAUUACUGUUGAUCUUUCUGAAAUUGGACAUGAUGUAGCCGUUGCAAAUUCUGUAUAGUGAAUUUGAUUUUACAGGAAAGAGAAUAACAUUUGACAGUGCCCAUGUGUAUGUAAUGUUUAGGGAUGGAGUGGUUUAGAGGUACAACUCACUUGACCGGUUUGAUCGUUAAACAUUCCUUAUGUGGGUUUUUAACAUGAACACUGUUUUCAGCCUUACAAACAUACUGUAGUUCUAGAUGAUGCUAACAUUUUAUGAGUGCUCUUUUAUUGGCUUUAACCGUAACCCACYAAACCAUUUCAGAGUGCAAAGACGGCACCAUCAUGCCUCCAACAGUGCCUACCAUAUUCACAAUCACUUAACCUGUACAUUUGACGUCUUUCUUUUUUUCUGUUCGUUUUCUGUAGAUGAGGGUGUUAUGUUGUCGUUUGAUGGAUUUGUAAACAGUGCCCUUCCUUAACCAUCAGCUAUUGGGUGUUGUGGAAAAUAAAGCRGAACCUUCUACAUCAUGUUAUAUUCUGACAUUUAAAUGGAAUACUUCAUUGUGAGAUCCAAUACCUCUACUGUCAAAGCAUUAUCACCAUAUCUUUUGUCAAUCCUGUUCGGUCCAGAAUUGCCAAGUAGCACCAGAGAUGCCAUGUUUUAGCAUACAUGCCAUGCCUUUCUUCUGUCCUUCUAUAAUCAAGGCAUUGCAUAUUAGGGAUCUGUGCUUUCUUAGAUAUUUAUUGAGUAUUGUAAUCUACAUUUCCCAGUCAGUUAGGUGUUGUCAAUGAAGUUGAAAUUAUACUGAAGUGAAGAUUACUGCCUUAGCAGGGUUGUUUUGUAUUGGAUACUGUUGUCUGUUGCAUAGCAACAUUUGUGGAGAACAUAGUUACUGUUUCUAGGACUAAUUGCAUGUCACCAUGCUUACAGGCGUCCAAUGAUUGAGGGGUAACGUAAAGGGGGGGAAAAAACUUGUAAGGGAGUUUGUUUAAUGUGUUGUAUCUUGAUAGAGCAGGUGAAUGUUGAAGCGUUUUGGCGAUCAUUAUGUCACCUUGGAUGACAAAUUGUUUUAUGUGAGAGUAAUAUUAACACAUUUCUAAGUAAAGUGUUUUCUAACAUAUCUA